CCAACCUCCAUCUCCUCACUCCUCCCACCCUAAUCUUGCUGUCCUGCUUCUAGAACCCCCCAGUUUAAUUUAAAAACCGGCUUUUCCUAGCUCCACGUAUUGUACCUCGCACUGAUCCCCAUCUCCACCCACUCCAACGCUACCGACCCAGCCUUCUCUGCCGGCUCCAGGCGGCAGGCAAUCAAACCAACCCCUCGAUGGAUCAGCACGACGACUUCGACAGCGUCUCGUGGAGGCAUGACCCGGACAGCGAUCUCUCGCGACCCACGACCUCCGGAACAGACACAGAGGAACAGGCGCCAUACACUCACGAUGUCAAUGGCAAACGGAGGAUGAGCAACGCUCAAGAAAGCCCUCAGGCUGGACCACUGGCGGAUGCCGUCGACCUGGCGGGCAUCGGCGACGGCGUACUAGAGUGUCGGGUAGAUUCACCGUUGAAGGAGAAUGAUGGAACGAAAGACGCUUAUAUCUCCUAUUUGGUUACUACUACGACCGAUUUCAAGUCCUUCCAGAAACCCGAGUUCACCGUGCGACGCAGAUUCACCGACUUCUACUUCCUAUACAAGACACUUUAUCGCGAAUACCCUGCCUGCGCCGUCCCGCCGCUGCCGGAUAAGCAUAAGAUGGAGUAUGUCCGCGGCGAUCGGUUCGGACCUGAAUUCACUACCCGACGAGCAUGGUCUCUACAUCGCUUCUUGAAACGACUUACGCUGCAUCCCGUGCUUCGUCGCGCACCGUUGCUGGCCAUCUUCCUGGAAUCGCCCGACUGGAAUGCACACAUGCGGUUGCGGUCCACGCGCAACUCGACUAGCACCUCGGACGGCAGCGGGGUCCCUGGGAUCUUUGACAACUUUACCGACACCUUUGUCAACGCUUUCACCAAGGUGCAUAAGCCGGAUAAGCGGUUUAUUGAAGUGCGGGAGAAGGCGGAUAAACUGGACGAGGACCUCAAUCAUGUGGAGAAGAUUGUAGCCCGAGUGGCUCGGCGGGAAUCGGAUCUCGAGGCAGACUAUAAUGACCUGGCUACGCAGUUCCGCAAACUAGUACCCCUGGAACCGGAGGUGGAGGUGCCCCUACAAGUCUUUGCGGCCUCGGUAGAGGAGACGGGGCGCGGGCUCAAGACGCUCAAGGAUCACACUGACCAGAAUUAUCUGGGGUCGCUGCGGGAUAUGGAGGCGUACAUUGUCUCGCUCAAAGCCCUCCUCAAAACGCGCGAGCAGAAACAGCUCGACUUCGAAGCGCUGGUUGACUAUCGAAACAAGGCGGUGGCGGAGCGGGACUCCCUCGCCUCUAACCCCUCGUCCUACUAUGCCUCCAACCCGCUGACCUCGUCCCCGGCCUCGUUCAUCAGGUCCAAGAUGGAAGACAUGCGGGGCGUCGACCACGAGCAAUCGCGACGCGAGAGGGUGCGGAAGUUGGAGCUCCGCAUUGACGAGCUCACGCGCGAGGUCGAGUCGGCUAAGACGACGUCGGAGAUGUUCGACGAGGAAGUCGUACGCGAGGUGGCAGACUUUGAGCGCAUCAAGGCCGUAGAGUUCCGGGAUACGCUGGGAGCGUUGGCCGAGAAGCAGAUCGAGUUCUACCAGGGGGUACUGAAUACCUGGGAACGAUUUGUGGCUGAGAUGGAGGGAGAUCUGGAAGAAGAGCAUGACCCAGGCACGGAGGCCAGGUGAUACUUUAACUACUACCACCAUUACUACACUUA